AUGAUGAUGCUCCGACUGUUAUUUCUCUCAGUGUCUGGUUUAACACUCUGUCACGCCAUCUUCUUCGGAAUGGGUGGAGGUGGUGGCGGUGGAGGCUGCUGUUGUGGAUGUGGAACACCUCAGCCACCAAGUUGUGGUUGUGCUCCAGCUUGUCCCCAAGCACCAGCUUGUCCAGUCUGUCCACCACCACAACCAUGUCCAGCUCCACCAGCAGCAUACUGUCCACAAGUUCAACCAGUCUACGUGCAGAAUAGUGGAGGAUGUGGUGGCGGAGGAGGCUGUGGAGGCGGAGGCGGAGGCGGAUGUGGUGGAGGAGGCGGCUGCGGGGGUGGCGGCGGAGGUGGAUACGCAUCUGGAGGCAGCGGAGGUGGAUUUGCAAGACAGCCAGUAUCCCUUCCAUCAGCUGGAUAUUCUGGACCACCACCACCUCUCCCAUCAAGUGGAGGAUAUUCAAGCGGUGGAAAUAGCGGAGGGUACUCAAGUCAAAGUAGCAGUGGUGGAUAUUCGAGUGGAGGAAGUAGUGGAGGUGGAUACUCUAGUGGUGGAGGUGGAUAUUCUGGUGGAGCCGCUGCUGCCGGAGCCACAGCUGCACAAGUUGAUGAAGCAACAGAAUCAGAUGGAGAACCACCAGCAGAUCAAGUAUUCCAUUCACCAAAAGAACCAUGCACUCAAACGAUUAAAUACAUCAUGCUUCGAAGCAGAAAAGUACCAGGAACUGAUGCAACUGAACUAGUUGAAGAAGAAUUAGAGACAGUACAGACACCCGCCACUCCCGUUGAAGCAACAGCAAAUCCACUUGAUGCUCAACUCGGUGAAGAGAUUGCUGCUCAAGAACAGGCUGCAACGGAAGACGGAGGAGAUGAUGAAUCAGCUAGUUCGGGUGAUUUCAAGGCGAGAGCUGCCAAGACUGCAGUCACAGAUGAGAAAUGCAACAGUAAAAUUCUGCAGAAGCUAGUUCUCUCGAACAUCGCGGCUAAUGAUGCAUUGGCAUCAAAGAAAGCUAUCCAUGAGAAUGCUCUACAACAAUUCCCAGACAGCAGUGUUGACGUCAUCUGCUCAACAACUGGAUUCACAUAUCUUGUUAGCACGACGGAGCACUGUGAAGCCCAAAAAGACGGUGUUAUCUGCUUCGUAUACAAACGACCAUUGUAA